ACUUAGAGCAUGUACAACGCGGGUUGUUAGUCAAUCCUUAAGUGUAAUCCUUAGCUUUUGGUGAUUAAAUAAACAUUAAAAAUAUCGAUUAAGCUAAGGAUGAAUCCUAAAUUAAGGAUUAAAAGGAGGGAGUCCGUAAUGCGCUGGCGUUACGUGAGUGGCUGGAGUCACGUUUGUGUUUGGUGGGGUGAGUGAAAAAAAAACGCGAAGAAAAUCAUUUGUUCGACCCAAGGAAAAAAAAAACCAGAGCCGUGACGGAGGCGAUAGAGGGGCGAAUCGUGAUCGUCGUUGUGGAAGGUACAGAAAUGGAGGAAGAACUUCGAGAUAUGAAAGCACACAAAGCGUACAUCAGCAUGGUUGAUUUCGUUGCAGAAGCGCAACAGGGCAUUCCCAAACUGUGCCCUUGUGGCUCAAUCACGAAGGAAACCGUUGAUGAAGAGGACACUUACGACUACCUCCCUGGGAAAAGAUACUUCAUAUGCAAAGACUUCGAGAAUGACGGCCUUCAUUUCAGGCAACCAUGGGUUACGGGUGUGACAGAAGAGGUUGAGAGGCUGAAGCUACGGGUUCACGAGCAUGAGAAGCUUCUCAGAGAGUGUGAGGCACUUAAGGCACAGGUUGCAAUGCUGGUAAAGCGGGUGACAGAACUUGAGUUACUGCACUGAGGUGAAGUACAAGACAUGUGCCACAUGAAGACAAAUGAUGCUGUUUCAGUCACGGGUGUUUCUUUUUUCCUUGCGCAUGUGAACCAUUUCAGAGGUUCACGGGUUGUAUGUUUUCCUUGCGGCUUUCAUUUGUUUUUUUAUAACCAUGUCACGGAUUCUAUGUAAGGCAGAGUGUAACUUUUCGUGCCUUUAUAAGGCAGUGUGUAAUGUUUCAUUUCUUGUACUCUAAACUCCAUCUAUCAAACGUACGUUUAAGAAUUCUCAACAUUGUCUUUUGAUGAUCAACAUUUCUUGUACUCUAAACUCCAUCUAUCAAAGGUAGUUUUCUUCUGCCGCUAUCCAUCUCGUCUCAGGUUCUAACCUUUCACGGUGCAUAAUUUUUUGCACUAAACUCUGCAAACUCGCCGGUAAUCGUAAUUCCUCUUCCUUUCUUACGCAUCUCCGCGUCUCUUAGUUAGUGAUCCGAUAAAGUUUGAAUAUUUUUCUCGAGCUCAUGAGAUUCUUGUGAUCCACGUUUUAGGGUUUCAAUAAUAUUUCCUGGUAAAUAUACAUGUGAUCAUACAUAUUAAAGUCUUAAUUUGUUCACUUACUUAGACCUCUGAAUAUGAUUUCUAAAGGAACAUUUUGUUAAAGCAAAGAUAAGUAAAUUUAUAACUAUAUUUGAUUCUUUUUAUUUCAAACUAUAGUUUACGUUUACAAAGAAAAGUAAAUAUUAUUCUUUAGGUUGAAACUAUAUUUUAUUCUUUUUAUUUCAAACUAUAGUUUACGAAUCAUGAUCAUUUUUUUAAAACGAAAUAUAGGCAAAUAUGGGAGAUGAAGUGGAUCGCAGAUUAAAUGCGGCUUUAGAUGAAGCAGUCGAUGAAUAUUUGGAAGAUACAUACAACGACAUCGUAAAGAAGCAAAAAAAGAAAGAGAGAAAACGUGCAUAUGUCGAAAGAAACCGCGAAGAGGGCCAUUCCCGUCUAUGGAAUGACUACUUCAGUGAAAAUCCAACAUUUCCGCCUCAUUUAUUCAGACGCCGUUUCCGCAUGAACAAGGAAGUUUUCAUGCGUAUUGUCGAUCGUCUAUCAGAAAAUUAUCCUUUCUUCCAACAAAGAAGAGAUGCUGUCGGAAGAUUAGGUCUAUCUCCACUACAAAAGUGUACGGCAGCUCUUCGUAUGCUUGCUUAUGGCUGUGCGGCUGACGCCGUUGACGAAUACCUCAGACUUGGUGAAAGCACGGCACUUUCAUGUUUAACGAAUUUCACAGAAGGGGUAAUUGAUUUAUUUGGAGAAGAGUAUAUGCGAAGACCCACUCCAGAGGAUCUUCAACGAUUGCUCGAUAUUGGAGAGAUUCGCGGCUUUCCGGGAAUGAUAGGAAGCAUCGAUUGUAUGCAUUGGGAGUGGAAAAAUUGCCCAACCGCUUGGAAAGGACAGUACACACGUGGAUCAGGAAAGCCAACCAUUGUCUUGGAAGCUGUAGCUUCCCAAGAUCUUUGGAUUUGGCACGCUUUUUUUGGUCCUCCAGGUACCUUAAACGAUAUUAACGUCCUCGAUCGAUCUCCUGUUUUUGAUGACAUUUUACAAGGUCGAGCUCCAAGGGUACAAUACCUCGUAAACGGACACCAAUAUGGUUUGCCUUACUACCUCACAGACGGCAUAUAUCCAAGAUGGUCAACAUUUAUCCAAUCUAUCUCAAACCCUCAAAGCCCUGAAGCACAGUUAUUUGCUAAAGUUCAGGAGUCCACCCGAAAAGAUGUGGAGCGUGCUUUCGGAGUAUUGCAAGCUCGAUUUGCAAUAGUUAAAAACCCGGCUAUUUUGUGGGACAAGACCCAAAUAGGGAUGGUUAUGCGAACAUGUAUCAUACUCCACAAUAUGAUAGUGGAAAAUGAACGCAAUGGAUACAGCGGGUGUGAUAUAUCAGAGUUUGAAGAAGGAGAGUCGAGUAGAAGUUCAGAGGUGGAUAUGUCAUAUACUCGCAGGCCUUCAAAUCUCCGAACUAUGCUUGAAAUACGUACUCAAGUUCGUGACCCACAUACGCAUGAACAAUUGAAAUUUGAUUUGAUCCAAAAUAUUUGGAACAAGUUUGGUAAUGAUGCAAAUGUUUAAUUGUUGUAUGUUUCUAUUUUCUCAUUCAAUAAAUAAAAAUUUUAAAUUUUCUUUUAAAAAAUAUUUAUUAAUAAUUUUGUAAGGAUUCCUUAAUGGUAACACCAUUGGAGUAAUAUUUAUGAUAAGAGUCCUUGACUAUUCAUAAAAAAAAAAAAAAAAAAAAAAUUAAUAAACUAAUGUUAAGGACUCCAAUGGUGGGUAACACCAUUGGAGGUGCUCUUAUAUUGAAAAUAUAUUUUACUGGGGGCACGUGCACCCAUGCUGCUGUACGUAGCUCCGCCCCUGACAACAACCCGGUAUGAUAGCUAGAGUGCCCACAUCAUUGUCCCCCGUUUCUGAUGCAAGAAGAGGGUGUAACCAAAUCGGACCACCAGAAGCAAUAUAAGAAUGGUAGCAAUGGCCAGCAGUCACUAAGCUAGCUAUUGCAUUCGCAGCUAAGUUGCAUUCAGUAGUUGUGUGGUCUAAUCUCCAUAUAUACCUCUAUAGCAUGCUGGAAGGCGUUGAUCGCUGAGGUAAUGUUCUCAAACUCCGAAAGCGUAGACGGGUGGAGGAGAGCUUCCCUUGAUACUUCUGAAGCUGCUUUGAAAAUAACGUUAUUGCGGCGAAGGGAGUGCAUAAUUUUAAGGGUUUUUCUGCAAAAAAAAAACUUUAUCAUAGUUUUUUUUUUGUAAAUUAAUCCGCCAAAUCAAAAUUCUACAGGUUAACUUUCCAAAAGCUAGUCAAACCGGAAUAUAAACCAUUCGUAUAUUGAUUAUGUGGUAACAGAUUACUUUUUAAGUAAAAUUAAAACUACUUCGUUUUGAUGCUAGGCAUUUAAAAAAAAAUCAAACCCAACGCAAAUCGAACCUUGCACCACGUCCAAACUUAACAUGUGAGCAUCACGCCAAUCAGCAACAUUCAUUUAUUAAAUAUACCACAGCGUAUAUAUAUUAUGUUUUUUUUAUUAAAAUGCAAUUUUCCCAUUUUAAAGACGUUCUUAAACAAAAAAAACAGGUUUUUUAGGAUUAUAAUAUCAGGAAUUCGGGUUCUUAGAGUAGGGAAUUGAGGCUCAUUGAAUGAUGCUGAGGAUGAACAUAACACGAUAUUAGAUUCCCCAAUUCCCAUUCGUAAUAUGAGAGGUUGAGUUGAAAGCCCCAAUUCCCUACUCUAAGAAUCCUAAUUUGUAAUAUUAGAAUCUCAGAAGAUUUGUUUUUUUCCGUUUAAAAACAUCUUUAAAAUAGGAAAACAUGCAGUUUUAAUCGAAACACAUAAUAUAUAUAUAAGCUUUGGUAUACUUAAUAAAAGAAUAUAGCUGACUGCCGUGAUGGUCUACUCACUUGUUAAGUUUGGACGCGGUGCCAGGUACGAUUCACGAUGGGUUCAAUUUGUUUAAAUGCCUAGUAUCAAAACGACGUAGUUUUAAUUUCUGUUAAAAAGUAAAUGGUUGCCACGUCAUCAAUACACGAAUGAUUUAUAUUUGAUUUAUAUUGCGGUUUAACUGACACUUGGAGUGUUGACAUGUGGAUUUUUGAUUUCAUAGAUUAAUUUACAAAAAAAAACACAUUGAAGAUAUUUUUGCAGAAACUCCUACUUUUAAAGGCCCACCAAGAUAAUUAAUUAUUUUGUGAAACAAAAUUUAAUAUUAAUAUGAACCAAAAAUUAUAUUUUAUAUCUUAUUUUAAAACAAAUAUUUUUUAAAUAAAACUGUAACAUUCAAAUAUAGUCUUAAUAUCAAUAAUGAAUUUCUGUCACAUAGUUUAGUUUGCAAUUUUAAAGCAGAUAAUAAUAAUUAGGAAAAAAAUAAUUAUGAAAAAGUAAUUCCAAUAAUUUAUAUAGUAAAAAAUAAUUAAGAGAAAGUAAUUCCAAUAAUUUAUAUAGUGAUUUAGGUUGAAGAACAAUAUGUUUUAUAUCAAAAUUAAAAAAAUAAAAUAAUGGAUACUGCAUCAAAAUAGAAAAAACGAAGAUGGCGUAAAUAUUUUAAAAUAUUCAUUAUGUUUCAAUUUAUUUGGUGUUUUAAUAUUUUUAUUUUGUUUCGUAAUAAGUUAUGUAUUUUAUUCUAGACAAAAAUGUAAUGUUAUUUGAGAUUUGUGACCAACCACAAAAUACUAUAUAUUUAUUAUUGGUUGGAUUAGUUUUAUAUAAUGAUACUUUUAUGUAACCAAAAUAAAUUAUAUAAAAUUUUACAUUUUUAGUCUAUGUGUAUCUUCUUUACUAAAAGAGAAGUAUAAUUUGUGUCUACCAUACAGAGUCAUACUAGGUUCAUGUCAUCCAUUUCAGCUAUUUGAUCACUUUGAUUAAUCUAUAAAAUAAUAACAUUUCUAAAAUUUCUUAAUAAUUAUGAGACUUUUAGUAAUAAAUCAAUAAUCUAUUUUAACUGUAAAUUUUAAUUUUAACGAAAUAUAUUGAGAAAAAAAUUAACAUAAAGUUAUUAAAAAUUUCAGUAUUUAAAAAAAUUAAUGCAUUGAUUAAUUUUUUAAUUAGUAGUAUAAUACUAAUUUUAAAUAUUUUUAUUAUAAAACAGGAAAUUAAAAUUCUAUGUUUUUUAUAAAUUUUAUAAUUAUAUUCUAUAUAUAUUAAAACAGAAGUAAUAUGUGAAUUAAAAAUAAAAUUAUAUUAAAAAAAUUGGUAAAUUAAAAUAGAUAAAUUCCAUAGAUAUAUAUUUUUAGUUUAUUUUCACAAAAUAGUCUUCAAAGAGGAAAAAGACCAAAAAAUGUUUAAUUAAAGGAUACAUAUACACUUAUACUCAUAGGUUUAACUAAUCUAGACCUAUGGUUUAUAGUUAUGGGGUGGAGUUUUAGAGGUGAGGUUUCAAAUUUGAAGAGAUUAAAAUUAAAAUUUUCAUAAUAAAAAAUGAUAUUUCUGUUAUUUUUUUUUUAAGGUUAUUUUAGUGACAACAACUUAAAUGGCUAUAUUUAGAGAAUUGCCCAUUAAAAUAAUUUUUUUUAGCGCUGGAUAAUCUAUACUAUUAAAAGGGAAUCAUUCCUAAAAAAUCUACUUAAACAAGGUUGUUGGACCAUUUCAUUAGACUUAACUAUUUAUUUGGUCUUAACUUAUAUUUCUCUAACUAUAUAAAUACUUUACAUAAUUUAAAUGAAUUCAUUUAUUAUUUUCUCAUAAUCUAUUAUAUAAUUGCUCUAACAAUAAAUCCAUAUGAAUAUAUGAUAGAUUAUUCAAAUGUGAUCAUUACCACAUAUAAUUCUAUUAAUAGUAUAAACUUUUAAUGGUUUAGUUAUGUUUAAUAGGUAUAUAAUUUGUAUUUUAAAAUUUUAAGUAUUCAUUUGGUCCUUACUUUGGUUUAUAUUUUUUCUAUGCUCGAUUAUUUAUGAAAUUCAGCUUAAUUUUGAGUUUUUUCUCAGUUUGGUACGGUUCAGUGUACUCGGGUAAAUGUACUCAAACCUAUACAUUAUCUCUUAUAUAAGAAAAAUGUAUUUAAUUUCAAAAAUAAAUCCGCGCUUUCUAAGCGCGGGUCAAAAUCUAGUUAUGCUAUUACAAACUCUGCGAAAUAUUACAGACGAUUCUACAGCCGACAAUUCUACAUGCCUUAUGAAGAUUCACGUUUAACUGCAUCACAUGAGCCGUCCUAUCGGAUCCACGGUUGAAGGUACUCCUUGUGCCAUGCUGGAGAUCUCUUGUAAGCAUUUUCUCCAUUAAUUCGCAUAAUUCUGUCUUUUCUAGGAAUCGAAACCCAGACCUCCUGGUGUAAAAGCAUUAAAAUAUUUCCUUAAGACUUACUUUCAUUGAAAAAAUAUAUCAUUCAUCGUUUAAAAAGAUUAAAAUAUCAUUCAUUUUUAAAUUAUGUAAUAUUUUUCUACAAAAAAAUAAAGUUGUUAGCUUAUGUUAAAUUUUUGUAUCUACAACUAUAUAUUAUCUUUUUAUUUAUUUUGAUAAUGUUAAUAAUUGAUUAUCAAAAAAUGCUUAUAUACAAAAUAUAGUAGUAUAUAACUAAUCUUUAGAAGUGUUAUUUACAAAAUAUGCUAUUUUAAAACUUUGAAAUAUUAAUAAUUCAUUAAAGAAAACAAUAAGAAAUCAUUUAAGUAUAUAUUUAGUGUUUAUUCUUUAUUAUAAAAAUAUGUUGAGAAAAUAUAAAAUGUCUUACUGUCAGAUUUUUAGCAAAGUAAUACAGUAGUUUAGUAACAAAAAGAUCUACAGUUAUACAAUUUUCCAAACUCAAAAAUAAUAGUUGUAUAAUUUCCAAAAUUUAUCUUGGCCAAAUAUAAAAUUUUGAAACUAUAUAUUUUAAACUCAAAUGAUAAUAUUCCUAAUUUUUCAAAAGUUAAAACCAUAGAUGGUAAAGUAUAUGUUUUUGGAAAUGCAACACGAGAAAAAAAAAUUUGUUGUAAAAAUCAAAGUGGUAUAGUAUUUUGAAUAUUGAAGUUAGUAAAAAAAUAUAUGAAAAACUUUAAUAAAAAAU